AUGUUUAAUAAAUCCAAAGGGAAUAGGCAAGAGAAUGGUCGUGGACAGGCAAAAGGUCACAACCAGUUCAAAGUUCAGGAGGUACCCAAGGGCAGGCAGGCUCGAGGUCAGGACAGGCAGAAUGGUCAGGCAGGCUCAAGGACUGCCUCCCCGUCCUCCCAGAAAUGCCUCCCCCGUCCUCAGAAAUGCCUCCCCCCGUCCUCCCAGAAAUGCCUCCCCCCGUCCUCCCAGGAAUGCCUCCCCCGUCCUCCCAGGAAUGCCUCCCCCUGUCCUCCCAGAAAUGCCUCCCCGUCCUCCCAGGAAUGCCUCCCCGUCCUCCCAGGAAUGCCUCCCCGUCCUCCCAGAAAUGCCUCCCCCGUCCUCCCAGGAAUGCCUCCCCGUCCUCCCAGGGAUGCCUCCCCCUGUCCUCCCAGGAAUGCCUCCCCGUCCUCCCAGAAAUGCCUCCCCGUCCUCCCAGAAAUGCCUCCCCGUCCUCCCAAGAAUGCCUCCCCGUCCUCCCAGAAAUGCCUCCCCCGUCCUCCCAGGAAUGCCUCCCCGUCCUCCCAGAAAUGCCUCCCCCGUCUUCCCAGAAAUGCCUCCCCGUCCUCCCAGAAAUGCCUCCCCGUUCUCCCAGAAAUGCCUCCCCCGUCCUCCCAGAAAUGCCUCCCCCGUCUUCCCAGAAAUGCCUCCCCGUCCUCCCAGAAAUGCCUCCCCGUUCUCCCAGAAAUGCCUCCCCCGUCCUCCCAGAAAUGCCUCCCCGUCCUCCCAGAAAUGCCUCCCCUGUCCUCCAGAAAUGCCUCCCCGUCCUCCCAGAAAUGCCUCCCCCGUCCUCCCAGAAAUGCCUCCCCCGUCCUCCCAGAAAUGCCUCCCCCGUCCUCCCAGGAAUGCCUCCCCCGUCCUCCCAGGAAUGCCUCCCCCUGUCCUCCCAGGAAUGCCUCCCCUGUCCUCCCAGGAAUGCCUCCCCGUCCUCCCAGAAAUGCCUCCCCCAUCCUCCCAGAAAUGCCUCCCCCGUCCUCCCAGGGAAUGCCUCCCCCGUCCUCCCAGAAAUGCCUCCCCGUCCUCCCAGAAAUGCCUCCCCGUUCUCCCAGAAAUGCCUCCCCGUCCUCCCAGAAAUGCCUCCCCGUCCUCCCAGGAAUGCCUCAUCCAAGGAAUAACCCCCCCGUCCUCCCAGGAAUGCCUCCCCCUGUCCUCCCAGGAAUGCCUCCCCCCGUCCUCCCAGGAAUGCCUCCCCCCCGUCCUCCCAGGAAUGCCUCCCCCGUCCUCCCAGGAAUGCCUCCCCCUGUCCUCCCAGGAAUGCCUCCCCCGUCCUCCCAGGAAUGCCUCCCCGUCCUCCCAGGAAUGCCUCCCCUGUCCUCCCAGGAAUAUCCCCCCCCGUCUUCCCAGAAAUGCCUCCCCCUGUCCUCCCUGUUCUGGAGUGGCCCCUCCUCCCACCUGUUCUGGAGUGGCCCCUCCUCCCACCUGUUCCGGGGCGGCUCCGCCACCCACCUGUUCCGGAGUGGCCCCGCCUCCCACCUGUUCUGGAGCGGCCCCGCCUCCCACAUGUUCUGGAGUGGCCCCGCCUUCCAACCUGUUCCGGAGUGGCCCCGCCUCCCACCUGUUCCGGAGUGGCCCCGCCUCCCACCUGUCCUAGCUUAA